AUGUCGGACCUUCACGAAAUCACUUCCGAGACCGACUUUGAAGCUCACGUUUCCUCUCUACCUGCAUCGACACUUCUCGUUUUAUCCUUCCAUACCCCAUGGGCAGCGCCAUGCACCCAGAUGCGCACUGUUCUCCAGACUCUGGCCUCUCUAUACACACCCACCGCCCCACUAUCAAUCUCCUUCAUCAGCGUUAACGCGGAGGAACUCCCCGAGAUAUCAGAACAAUAUGAAGUAACAGCCGUUCCAUUUGUGGUGCUGAGCCGGAAUAAUACCAUUAUCGAAAGCAUCUCGGGCUCUAAUCCGAUUAAAGUCCGUGAGGCUAUUGAGAAACACUACCAGUCAUCCUCAAGCGCCGGUUCGACAGAGAAGCAAACCAUCCCUCCACCGCUUGAGGCCGUUCCUAGAAAAAUAGACGAGGAAAAACAGCAGAACAAUCAAUUGCCACAUGCAACGUCGUCCUCGGGGCUGGAUACAAGUGGAACGAAUGGUGGUGCAGUAGAAGAUUCCCCUUCAAAGGAGGAACUCUUUGCUAGAAUUGGAGAGCUUGUCAAGGCUGCACCAGUGAUGUUAUUUAUGAAAGGAACUCCUAGCGCACCCCAAUGUGGGUUCAGUCGGCAGCUAGUCAGUAUCCUGCGAGAGAACGGUGUGAAGUACGGAUUCUUCAACAUCCUUGCAGAUGACGAUGUAAGGCAAGGUCUUAAGGAAUUCGCCGACUGGCCUACAUUUCCACAGUUAUGGGUAAAAGGCGAACUUGUGGGAGGUCUGGACAUUGUUAAGGAGGAAAUCGAAGCAAACCCAGACUUCCUUCGGGACUAUGCUGUUCCGAAAGGCCCUUCUACAUUACCCGCUUAG